CCCGGGGGUGGAGCGCACCUCGUUUCGCCCACUGCGGAAGACACAAGCAGGAACUGGUGUUUCUAGUGCUGUGAAGUGGCCUGAAAGAAAUCCUAACCUCGGGUGCUUUCCUCCACAAGCCCCCCCCCCCCCGCCCGCUGACAAAGGAAGGGGAGAAGAGACGUAGAAGUGGGGGGAGAAAAAUGAAAGAAACAACAGCAGCAGAAGUGAGAGGGAGCACAGACAGACUCAGAAAGUCUGAGAAAGACCAGGCUUGGAUCGCCAAGAUCUUCAAGAAAAGGAUUUGCACCACCUUCGUGGAGGAUUCGUUCAGUAAUGGAGCACUGUGCCAGUGUGGAAGAGAGAGAGAGGCCCACUCCACUGUGGCUCUUGGAGACUAUUUCGGCACGGCCAUCGUGAACCGCUGGGACAGCGCCCAGCACUCGUCUGAAUACCCAACCGACGCUUUUGGGGAGGUGCAGUUUGCAGGAGCCAGCAAGAGACACAGCUAUUUCCUGCGCCUGUCAUGUGACACCCAGCCGUCUCUGGUCUACAAUUUGAUGACGAUCCACUGGCAUCUUCCCGCGCCAAACCUGGUGGUUUCCAUUGUGGGCGGAGAGGGCCGAGCGAAGGUGAAGACCUGGGUACGGGAGGUGCUGCGGCAGGGACUGGUGAAAGCUUCGCAGAGAGCAGGAGCGUGGAUCCUGACGACGGGACUGCGCGAAGGCAUCGGUCGGUGUGUUGGCGUAGCGGUGAGAGAUCACGCCACCGCCGCCUCCUCAGACUCCCUCAACAAGGUGGUGGCCGUGGGCAUCGCCCCCUGGGGCUUAGUGCACCAGAAAGACCAGCUCAUAAAAACUCAGGGCAGCUUUCCUGCUAGGUACUUUGUUCAGAACCCGGUCCGGGAUUCCUGCUGCUUGGACAAAAACUACCAGGCCUUCCUGCUGGUGGACGAUGGCAGCGAGGGCCGCCCAGGAGGAGACACGGUCUUCAGAACCAAACUGGAGGACUACAUCUCCCAUCAGCGCACAGGAAUAUGGGGGAGCGGCACCAUUAACAUACCUGUUCUCUGCAUGUUGAUAUCAGGAGACCCAAACAAUCUAGAGAGAGUGGACCUUUCUCUGAAGAACUCCAUGCCCUGGCUGGUGCUGGCCGGCUCCGGGGGCCUGGCGGACUUCCUGACGGACCUCCUGGAGAACGUGUCCUCCGCCCCAGUCUUCACGUCUGCCUCUGAAAGCGAUGGCGAGCCCGGUCCCAGCGUGGACCUGAGGGAAAAAGUCGCAGAGCGAGUCAAGAAGCACUUCCCUGCAGAACCUGAGCCCGACAAACUUGUUGAGCGGGCUCUGAGCAUCUACCAGAGCAGAGACCUGAUUUCAAUCCACCACGGAGAGCAGGAGAGCCCAACGGACUUCGACACGGUCCUCCUCAGAACGUUGGUUGGAGCGAGUAAACAGAGGUCGUCGGUCGAGGCCAGUCCGUACAACGAAGAGCUCAAGCUGGCUGUUGCAUGGAACAGGGUUGACAUUGCCAAGAGUGAACUUUUCAAUGGAGACAUUGAAUGGAGGUACGAAGACCUGGAGGAGUCCAUGACGGACGUCCUGAUCAACGAUAAACCCCAGUUUGUGCAGCUUUUCACUGAGAACGGCCUGGACAUCAUGAAGUACAUGACCUAUGGCCGACUGGAACAGCUCUACCGCUCCGUUGAAGAGUCGACACUGUUAUACCAGCUGCUUCAGCGCCGCCUAGCGGUAAGACUGGGAACUACAACAGUGGUGCCUGCAGCAGCUAGUGAGCCAAAAUCGCCGUCUAAACUGACAGAGGAGAACCUUGAGAGUGGACUGAUGGCAGACUUCACUAUUUUUGAGAUUUCAGGGGUGCUGGACUUAUUAUUGGGCGAUAUCUGCCAGCCGUUCUACCACGACGUUUUGGGCUUGGAUGGUAUCAGCUCUAGAAGGAGGGUUCUGAAGCGCGCGGGCAAACGGCUGCGCGAUGAUCGCUCGUAUGUGACGAAACGGUGCCCAGAACCCUGGGCUCCGCUCUUCAUCUGGGCCGUUCUGCAGAACCGCAGCGAGAUGGCCACUUUCUUCUGGGAGAUGACAGAAGAGUCGGUGCUGACCGCUUUAAGUGGCUGUAAGAUCCUGAGAGAAAUGUCCAAGCUGGAGGUGGAAACUGAAAUCCAACUCUCCAUGAAAGAGCUGGCCCAGACGUUUGAGUCCCAGGCAAAUGGCGUCUACAGCACUUGUUAUCGCAACGAUGAAAGUCGCUCCUUCACUCUGCUGAUUAGGAAGUCUAAUGUUUGGGGAGGCACCACCUGCUUACAAAUGGGCAUGGGCGCUGAUGCACGCCUUUUCUUCAGCCACGACGGAGUGCAGUCUCUCUUGUCUAAGAUCUGGUGGGGUGACAUGAAGAGAGACACGGCGUUGUGGAAGCUCCUGCUGACGUUUUUCUGCCCUUUCCUCUGCUACUCAAACCUAAUUUCUUUCAGGGAAUCGGAUCAACAAGAGGAGGAGGAAAGGGACGGAGAAGAAGAGCUUAGUGGCCGGGAAGCGAAUCAUCAUUACGGGACAACCGUCUUCUCCUACUCUGAACUCAAGCAGAUGGAAGCUGAUGGACAGCCCUCCUCUCCCAGGAGUCCCAGCAUCAGAGACGUCCCUGAACAGUACAUACCGCCGCCACCGCGUCCGUUCAUUUUGUCUCGCUGGCGUCAGUUCUGGUGUGCUCCCAUCACGUCGUUUUUGGGGAACGUCUUGAUGUACUUCCUCUUCCUCGUCCUUUAUGCGUAUGUGCUGCUGCUGGACUUCACUCGGCCGCCCGCUGGUCCGGCCAUAUCCGAGUACGUGCUCUACUUCUGGGUUUUCACCAUGGUGUGUGAGGAGAUAAGAGAGACCUUCUUUAUAGGGGUGGUUACUUGGCGUCAAACGUUCAGAGUCUACAUUCAGGAUGUGUGGAAUAGAUUUGACCUCCUCGCUAUAACGCUAUUCAUCUUGGGCACGAUCGGCAGGCUGUUUUCGUGGACACACGAGCUUGGAAGGGACAUCCUGUGUGUGAGCUUCAUGGUCUUCACGCUUCGUCUCAUCCACAUUUUUGCUAUCCACAAAGAGCUGGGUCCAAAAAUUAUCAUUGUUGGCAAAAUGGUGAAGGAUGUCUUCUUUUUCCUGUUCUUCCUGGGAGUGUGGAUCAUGGCGUAUGGAGUAGCAAAUCAGGCGUUGCUUUACUCCUAUGAUCCAGCUUUAGAUCGUGUCUUUCGCAGAGUUUUCUACAGGCCUUACCUGCACAUCUAUGGACAGAUUCCUGUGGAGGAGGUUGAUGUUAAGAAGAACUGGGAUGUUCAAUGCACCAACAACCGGACCUUGAUUGAAGAAGGUGCGGAGCCGUGCCGAUCUUCAUUCAGCAACUGGCUAGUGGUCACUCUGCUGAUCAUUUAUCUCCUGGUUACCAACAUCCUGCUCAUCAACCUUCUCAUCGCCAUGUUUAGCAACACGUUCAAUGAGGUGCAAGCUAACAGCGAGUCCUACUGGAAGUUUCAGCGCUACAGCCUGAUUGUCCAGUAUCACUCCAAGCCGUCACUGGCGCCGCCGUUUAUCAUCCUCUCCCACAUCAAUCUCUUCAUCAAGAGGAAGAUCCGCAAAGUUGCUUCAAUCAAGGUUCAGCACUUUGUUUUGGAGUUGAGUAGGAAGGAAACCAACAGAUUAAUGACGUGGGAAACUAUCCAGAAGGAAGACUUUCUGUCUGCCCAAAACAAAAUCCAGAAAAGCACCGACUCGGAGAGACUGAAACGGAUGUCUGUCAAGAUGGAUGGUGUUGUUAAACAUUUGACUGAAAACAGAGACGUUGAGCAGAGACUUCAGGCUCUUGAGAAUGAGAUGGAGAACUGCUCAAAUGCUCUGAGAUGGAUUGUGGAUACUUUAGCACAAGGUGGCGCAUUUAAACCACCCCGACCGCCUCCUACAUUCAGAGAUGGCGUUCCCAGUUCUUCCAGUUCAUCAUAGAUCCGCCUUAACGACAUGUGUGAAUCAGUUAAAAAAAAAGAAAAUUGACGCACUGGCAGCUUGUUAAGGUCCUUACAUGUCAUCACUGGUUCCCACCCGCCAUUAUCACUGGACUUAAAAUCAACGAUUCUGAACAGGGUACUAAAAAAACGUUGGGACGCACCUAAACUUGGAACAGUAUUCAUAAACUGAUGCUGAUAAUAAUUCCGAUUUUUA